AUGGUUUGCAGUCAGAAGGAAUAUGCAAACAAUGUGGAGAUCAUCAGCAUCAGAGAGCGCGGGCGUCACAAGGAUCAGCCACUGACAGCAUCGGAGUUGAGACAGCUUCGUGGAGUUAUGGGCGCAGCGUCGUCGCUGCUCGGAAGCACCCGGCCGGACAUCGUUGCACAGACAGUGAUUCUGCAGCAAAAGAUAGGCUUGCCGACUGUCCAAAAGCUGAUCUACGCCAACAGGGUGGUGGCGAGAAUCAAGGACGUGGCCAAGGUGAAGAUCACCUUCAAGGCCAUACCGUUUGAUCAAGUGAUGUUCGUGGCAGCAUCCGAUGCAAGCUGGAACGACACGGACGUUCCGAAGAUGCAGGGAUACAUGACGAUGGCAGAUGAGAAUGAAGUGUUGGCCAACAUGUCAGUGUGGGCAAAAGCGCGUCGCCCGGACUACACGCUACAGAAUGAUCUCAAGUUCAGGAACCAGACACCGUUGCUAGUGGCCACCGACAACAAGCCCAUCUGCGACCACUCCCAACGAGACGGGAUCGUAGUGAAGGACAAGCGAGUGGCCAUUGAUAUGCUGUUGCUCCAGAGCGACUCGGAGGCUCGAGGAUGUUCGGCCAUUACUGGCGACUGCGGCUUCAUGAUGGCCUUCCACGUGAUUGCAAGGAAGAUUGCCGCCAAGCCGAUCUUCAUGUCCUCCAUGGUGCAGUGCCCCAUCAUCGCUGCCUCUCUUGAGCCUUCGGAUCAAAUUCUCCUCCUGACAGCCAACGACAAGCACCUGAAACCGCAGAAGCAGGUUUUGCUCAGCAGCUGUGGAUUUGAUGUCGACGAGGACCGCUUCCUCAUCAAGGGUUGCCAGAUGGUGCCUGGCUUUGAAGCCGUGGCGCUGGGAGGAAAAGUUCCGCUGGAAGUCGUCCAGCCUGGCAUCGUGAAGUUGGUGCAGGAGGCAAGAAAGGAACACCCGAGAAUUGCUGCCAUCCUUCUAGAGUGCACAGAACUGCCGCCCUACGCAGAUGCCCUGCGCUAUCACACUGGCUUGCCGGUUUGGGACGCAGUGACAGCUGCUGACUUCUACAUCUCUGCCCACCAAGACAACCCCAGGUUUGGGCACAACGACUGGCAAGAGGCGUGGGACGGAACACAUGAAGAGUAUGAGCUUGGUCUCAACCUCACAAAGGACGAGCUCUCACUGGUGGUGAGCAAGCACAAGGUGAAGGAGGAGAAGAAAUCCCGGGCGCUGCACAAAAAGAAGAAGUUGGACAAGGUCAUGAAGAAGGUGCGAAAGCAGCAGGCGCCGAUGUUAGGAGUUCUGCGCCUGGACUACAACUAUCCGCCGGCCGAGGGCGACAUCGAUCAUCCGGGCAGCUACGACUACGAUGUUCUCUUCCGUGUGGUUCCGGGCUUCACGUUUGAGAUGGCGCAAGCGGGCAAACUGUCUCCGGAUGUGGAGAAGGAGUUCAUCGAAGCCGUGAAGUGGUUGGAAAACAAAGGCUGCAGCGGCAUCACGGGUGAUGCUUGGACUCAAACAUGCCUUGUGGAUCAUUGUGACAGCUGCAGUUGCAUUGCGUGUGCGAGUGUGUGUUUGUGUUUCUAG